ACUCCCACAGUGCUUUGCGGGCGCAAUCAUGACAGUGCAAGCCAAGAAAUCAGGAGUGACCUGUUAAAACAGCAGAUUUAACCUUAUAACACCAUACUCAAAUAAUGACCAAAACAUUUUAAUGAGGAUUUUUCUAAUUCAGUCAGGUAUGUGGAUCAUAUUUGUGGUUUUCCUUAUUUUAAAUCAGUAUGUAUGAUAAAGAAAGAGGCGACAGCAUUGAGUGAGGAGUGAACUGAGUGAUGAUGCUCACUGAUGCAAUCAGCAAUAAUGUUAUUUACACAACAAAUGUGUAAACAGCACUCGGCAUUAAUCCCAGAUUAAUUAACUGGAUACAGCUCAUGGAAAAUGUUAUUAAAAACAAAUAAACACACACGUUUCCUUAUGUAAUAACUAGGCUUGUUUUGAAUGAAUAUAGUGGUUGUAGUGCAAAUAACGACAAAAGCAGAUAUCCACAUUGAUAUUCAUCCUGGGACAAAUGAAGUCACCUCUGUUAUUAACGUGAAUUCAGGAUAUAAUUAAAAAUAUUCAUAAAUACGUUAUUGGUAUCCAGAAAAAUUGUAAUGGAUAACUGCAACAUUUCUUCUCAGAGAAAACCUUGAAUUUGGAAGUCUGUGAUGCAGAUUUUACAUGUCAUCACUUUUUCAUUGUGGAUAUAUUAAAAUUAAACCUUCCAGAUGUCUGUAAUCUCGUUUUUAUUAUUCAAAAUCCAUUAAAAUAAACAUAAUUGAUGUCCACAGUUGGCUUUAAUGCAACACCAGGUCUCUUUGAUUAAAGCUAUGAGCAGAAACAGCUUAAUCACAGUUGUUGUAUUGUGAAUAAAUGAAUGAUAGACUUCUGUCUGAUGUUACUGAUAAAAAGUUAAGUGUCCUCUCCAUGUGUGUCCUAAUAUUAUGACUCUACAUCCACAGUAUGUGUCAUCGUAUUAAUGAUGUCAUGAAGCUGUGUUGCGAAUUAUCGGCCAAUCAGCAGAUCCAGACCACCGUGAAAGGCUCGGGGAAGGGGGCAGCAGCCGCAGGAGGGCUGGCUUUUGCUGGUGGGCUGGUCGGGGGUCCUCUGGGUAUCGCAGUUGGUGAGUAAAAUACAAAAAACUGUCCCUCAUUUGGGAGACGUGUGUCUUUUGUCAGGUUUUUUAUUUCUGUAUUUUUCUUUUCUUUUUUUUUUUAACUUAUUUUUGUAGCUUCAGCCCAACAGUUUUGUUGUAGGAUUCACUGCACAGCUGUUUCAUUUAAAGUAAACUACUAAACUGAAAGUCUGACAUUCAAAUUGUUUAUUGAAGUAUUGCGCAAUAGUUCAGUUUUGAGGAAGUUGUACUUUAUUAAGUAUUUUAUGAGUAUUUUUAAGAGCAAUAUAUUUAUAUUUGGCUCUUUUUUGGUGAAUUUAUACACAUUUUCUUCAUUAGGUAUAAGUUGUGAGUUAACUUACGAAUAACUUGGACUUUAGGACACAAAAAAAGAACACUGCAUAAUAAAGAUAAAGAAAAUAUAUGAAAUUACAGUUCGAGAAAAAAGAGAACUUUCAUUCUCACUUUAACUGGUGAAGAUAUUAAAAGUGUUUACAUUUCCUGACUCCAACUAUUGAUUGCAAAUGCUAUGACAAACUAAUAACACAGAUUUUUAAAAAUAUGUUAAGCACUUUUAAAUUUGACACCAUUGGGUGCAGGCCAGUCUUUUCGACAGCUGUCAUUGGUUUGAGUAUGGACCAUGACUCUUUCACAGUUUAGAUGACAAAAUCCACUCAUUCUUUCACAUUUGACACUCAGGAACAUUAUUCUGAAACUGUUGAACUAUUAGCUCACACAGUCUCUCACAGAGUGGUGAACCUCUUUCCGUCUUUCCUUCUGAGAGACUCAGCCUCUCUGAAUGUCCUUUUUAUACCCAGUCACAUUGCUAACCUGUAAACAAUUCAUCAAACUUUCACUGAAUAAUUUUCCUCUGUUAACUUUCCCACUUUUUUCUAGCACCUGCCUUGUUUUGAAGUGUGCUGCAAGCACCGAACUGUUUGAUUGGUUUUGUCUGAUUUUCUGUUAUUUUUAAUUAGGUAUCAGGAUUCAACAUUAUGCAAAAAACUCCCAUUCUCUCUCUGUUGACAUUUUACACUGUGUCCUAUUUUUUCUCCGAGUGGGUUUGCAGAAAUAAACCUGGUUUUGGUUCUGCCCUCUUGCAGGUGGUGCUGUUGGGGGUCUGCUGGGCUGCUGGUUGACUAGCGGACAGUUCAAACCUCUGCCUCAGAUCAUCAUGGAGCUCAGUCCUGAGCAGCAGCAGAAGCUCUACAGCGACCUCAUGGUCAUCUUGGGGGAUAUCCAGUGGACUGACGUGGCUCAGCUCACUGCUCUGGUGAUGGGAAAUGCCACGCUGAAGCAGCAGCUCACGGGUGCCCUGCUCUCGUACGUCACCAAGGAGCUGCAGGCGAACGUGCACUAUGUGGACUGAUGACCUGCUUCAGGAGGAUGUGAACUGUUUUUCAGAGCUAAAGAGACUGUCAAAAUGUGACAAAAACAGGCUGUAAAUCUGCACAGACACAUCUAUUAACUAUGUCCUCGUUGUUGUGAAGGUUAACAGCUUUGCAUCUGGAUUAAUUUAUUAUUGGAAGUGCAAUCAUUAAUGCAAGAGAGUAUUUAUUCACUUUUUUAUUGGCAAUCUUUAUCAUGUGUGGCUUUAAAUGUAAUCAAUUGAAGUAGCUUUUGAGUAUUUGAAUACAAAAAUAAGCACUAAAGGAGAGCAAGCUUCACAGUGCCAAAUAAGAUUAGAGUAUGUUUGUGUGAGUGGAGAUACACCAGCAUCUGUAUGGAGUACAAUGCUAUCACUAAGAGUCGAUUCAAAUGCUGUUUCUGUGAAAAACUUCAUCAAUAAACUAUUGGUGUUUCACUUUUUACAGUGGUUUCACUC